UAGGAGCGCAAAGCGGGAGCAAAGCGGUGAUCUGCGCGUCUUCAUACCGAGCAGGAGGCACUUCUCCCGGCCACGCAGAGUCCUGACUCCCGCCAGCAGCUCCGGACUGAGCUCAGAACCAGCCGAGCAGAUUUUAUUCAGAUAUAAAGCGAGUUUAAACCGAAAACAAACGCGUUUCAUUAAUAAAAGACACUUUUUAACGUUAAUUAUCGAGUUUUCUAUCGACACCUGUAUCUAGUGUUCAGAGACACCGCAGUAUGGAAGCUUUUACCCUGUAGGAGGAGAAUCUGAGGAAAGCUGGACCUGAGACAUGGGAAAAUGGGAGUUAACCAUGGAUCCAGUUCAGGAGUGGGGUGAGGAGUUUGAAGAUGGCGCUGUGUUUGGUAUCACGCUGCGCAGAGAGCCGGUUCAGCAGGCGGGCGAGGGCCCGGAGUCCUGCCCCUGCUCCGGGUUCGUUCAGUACCGCACCUGUAAAGUACGGAGGCUGAAAGCGGCCACUCUGGAGCGGCUGGUGGCUCACCUGUUCGACCCCUGCUGUCAGGAACAGGACUACGGGAGGAUCCUGCUCUCCACCUACCGCACCUUCACCAGCUCCAACCAACUCAUCCAGAUGCUCUUCCAGAGGGACAGUCUUGAUGAAGAGUUGGACAACAGCAAGUGUCAUAACAGCUCUCUGUGGACGUUGCUCCAGAUCUGGCUGGAUGAGUUCGCUGAGGAUUUCAGGGACUCUCCGAUGCACUCUUCUUUACGCCUGAUGUGUCUUGAGCUCAGACGUCAUCCCUCUCUCUCUCCUCUGGCUAAGCACUACGAGGCUCUCCUCAGGAGGUUCCAGUCAGAAGAUGUUGUGAAUAAUGAGCAGGAUGGUCUGGGAGAUGAUCCAGUGGCGGCUCAGAAUGAAAAGGACUCGGACGAAUCGGACGAUUCAACCAAUCAGACAGACUUCAUGGAUUUCUCCACUGCAGGACUGGCUGAGCAGCUCACCAGGCUGGACACUGAGCUGUUUGUGAAGGUGGUGCCGUUCCAGUGUCUGGGCUGUGUGUGGUCUCAAAGAGAUAAGAAGGAGAAUCUGUCGCCCACCAUCCGCGCCACCAUCGCCCAGUUUAAUGCCAUCACUAACAGAGUUAUCACUUCACUGCUCUGUCCUUCCUCCUGUCCUCCGUCCAGCCCACAGUCUGCCGUCACUCAGAGAGCCAGAAUCAUUGAGAAGUGGAUACGAGUUGCACAGGAGUGCAGACGUCUGAAGAACUUCUCCUCCCUGAGGGCCAUCCUCUCCGCCCUGCAAUCCAACCCCAUCUACAGGCUGAGGAAGACAUGGGCUGCAGUCAGCAGGGAGAGCUUGAGUAUCUUUGAGAACCUGUGUGAAACUUUCCCUGAUGAGAACUGUGUGCUGACCAGCAGAGAAAUCCUUGUGGAGGACGGAGGCCAGGCAGCUGUGGAGAACGUUUCUCCCCGGACGUCGAAACGCUGCGCUGUAUCCAGACAGAUGAGCUCCACCAGCGGAGCUGUGCCUUACCUGGGAACCUACCUGACCGUGCUCACCAUGCUGGAUACGGCUCUGCCCGACACUGUGGAGUGCGGCCUCAUCAACUUUGAGAAACGCAGACGGGAGUACGAGAUUCUGUAUCAGAUCCGUCAGCUGCAGACGUCCUGCUCCCAGUACCUGUUGCCUCACCACCCUCAGAUUUCUGCCUGGCUCCAGCGUCAGAGACUCCUCACUGACCAGGAGAGCUACGAGUUAUCCAGAGAGCUGGAGCCACCGCUGGACACCAGUCCUCAGCCCAGCAGCGGAGCCUGGAGUCACCGGGUCCUGACCAAGAAGCUUUCCUCCCUGCUGAAUGUGAGUGACGGCUCGAGAAAGAAUGCUGACCAGAUUAGUGUUUCAUCAUCUGGAUCCAGCAGCUCUGAGAUGGAGGAUCUCUCCACCAAUCAGUCGUCUCCUCUCGGAGCACAGUCUCUCUCCAGCUCCUGCCAAAACAUGGCCGAUGCUUCUUCUCACUCCUCUACUCCUUCUUCGGACUCCUCCAGCUCCUCGCCCGUCUCCAAGAAUGACCUCAUACUUCCUCCAGCCUCCUCCUCCUCCUCUUCUUCUUCUUCUCCAUCCAAACUCGGCCAUAAGCGUUCAGUCUCCAUGACCUCCCUGCCCCUCUACAACAGACAGGUGGCCGACUCCUGCAUCAUCCGGGUCACGGUGGAGCGCGGCAACAACGGCAACAUGUACAAGAGCAUCCUGUUGACGAGUCAGGAUAAAACAGCCCAGGUGAUUGAGAGAGCUCUGCAGAAGCACAACCUGGAGAACACCAGUGUUCAGGACUUUGCACUGAUCCAGAUGCUGCCGCAAGGCAAAGAACUAGUCAUUCCAGACAAAGCCAACGUGUUCUACGCCAUGUCCACAUCAGCCAACUACGACUUCGUUUUGCGGCAGUACGCUAAAGGCCAUCGUAAACAGCUUGCACGCUCUGUGUCGAUGUCAGCGGGCCGGUGCUCCAAAUAACAGCGCCCCCUACUGCUGUGGAGACAUCUGCACUAGAAGAAAUGAAGAAACUUGGAAUACUGCACAAGAUUUUUUGCAUAUUUUGCAACAAAGCAAUUUUGUACAAUGUGUAGAUAGUUGUAAUAUAUAUUUAUUUAAUGCGCUUUAUGAAGGACUAUUUUUAUAUAUAUAUAUAUAAAUAUAAAUGAUCCAUUAGACCAACUUGCCUUGAACGUGUGAGUGUGGGCUGAGGCACUUAAAGGAGAACUCCAGUGUAAAAUGGAGUUUUGUUGCAGUAAAACAUGAUAAAAAGGACUUACAUUUGAUGAAUAGCACACCUCCUUUUUCCUGCAGCAUUCUGAGAUCCAGUAAUCUUAUGCUUUUUGCCCAGCACUCUGUACAAUGGCCAUAUCGGGGCAUAUUUUGCUGCAAUAAAUCGCUUUUUAUUCCGUUAUCCAGCUCAAAGUAGCUCCACACCUACUUAGUAGAAUCUGGAGAGCUCCGACGUUUAAAACGAGGCAUUAAUAACUUAAAAAGUGCACAAGAAGCUCAUUAAAAAGGUAAAUCUCUAGUCGCCGCCAUCACUGUACUGAUAAUGACAGAUAUACAGGGGUUGGACAAUAAAACUGAAACUGAAACUAAAACACCUGGUUUUAGAGCACAAUAAUUUAUUGUGGUGACGGACAGUUCUGGUGGAAACAGGAGAGUUGAGGUGCACAUUGAAUUCUGCCGUGAUUUGAUCAGCCGUGGUUUUAUGUUUUUUGGAUACAAUCCGGGUUAGCACCCGAACAUCCCUUUCAGACAGCUUCCUCUUACAGCGUCCACAGUUAAUCCUGUUGGAUGUGGUUGGUCCUUCUUGGUGGUAUGCUGACAUUACCCUGGAUACCGUGGCUCUUGAUGCAUCACAAAGACUUGCUGUUUUGGUCACAGAUGCUCCAGCAAGACGUGCACCAACAAUUUGUCCUCUUUUGAACUUUGGUAUGUCACCCAUAAUGUUGUAGUGUGCAUUGCAAUAUUUUGAGCAGAACUGUGCUCUUACCCUGCUAAUUGAACCUUCACACUCUGCUCUUACUGGUGCAAUAAUGUGCAAUUAAUGAAGAUUGACCACCAGGCUGCUCCAAUUUAGCCAUGAAACCUCCCACACUAAAAUGUCUGUCAUUAUCAAUACAGUGAUGGUGGCGCCCAGAGCUGAAAGCUAGCAUUAUAGGAUGUAAACAGUGGUUUUAAUAAGCUUCUUGCGCACUUUUUAAGUUAUACAUGCCUCAUUUUAAAUGUCAGAGCUCUCCAGAUUCUACUACGUAGGUGUGUAGCUACUUUGAGCUGGAUAAUGGUGUAAAAAGCGAUUUAUUGGGGCAAAAUAUGCCUUGAUUCGGUUGCAGAGCAAAAGGCACAAAAAUACUGUAUCUCAGGAAGCUGCAGGAGAGCAGAGAUGGGCUUUUUAUCAAAGGUAAGAACUUUUUAUCAUGUUUUACUACAACAAAAGUCAAUUUUACACCAGAGUUCUCCUUUAAGGGACUUAAGGGUUGAGGCUGAACUGUCUCUGAACGUUCAGAAGACGUCCUGACGCCUGUUUUGACCUCGUAACAGAGGUCUAUUGUCUGCAGUGAGGUAUUCAGCUCCUCGAGGCCUCGCUCUUUUGAUGAAGAUCACAUGGCAGAGCAGCAGAAACAGGCCGCCCAGAAGCUAAAUGACUGUUGAGGUAAAAGCCAUGCUGGAUGGAUUACGUGCACAAACACACACUCCCGAGUGUAUGUGUGAACAUGCAGAAACUCAACAUAUUCAGCUGAACUGAUGUACUAACCAUUGCUUUUGGGGGUUAGUAUAGAGCAGGUAAGGCAGAGGAGGUCUGGACUGAAGUAAUGGAGUAAAUAUAUACUGUAUAAUGCAUUAUAUAUGGAAGGUCAUUUAUGCAGUGAGUGUCUUUUUAUCCUCACCUUCACAAAAAAGGCACUUUUCAUCACAUAUACAGAAUUUAAAAAAAAUAUAAAAAAAUUUGGACACACCUUAAAUUCAGUGUUUUUUUCAUUACUUUUUAAAGUGUUCUGCAUUGUAGAUUAAUACUAAAAUUAGUGCAACAAUUAGUCGAUAUAAUCAAUGUCAAUUCUUUCAAUUCAUCGACUACAAAUUUCAUUGUAAAAUAAAUGGUUAAUUUGUAGCAGUACUGGAUUACACUAAGUGCUGGGGACAGAGGUGCAAUAAAAGAUGGGAAAGUAAAUGACUCACUCACACAGUUUACACUCAAUUUAACAGUCUGUGUCUCCAAAAGUGCCCAAACACCACAUAAUACAUAUUUACUCACUAAAUAAUCAGUACUUUCCACGUUUAAACAAUAUAUAGGCAUUUAAAUACCUUUUAAAUCUCAUGUUCAGCUGUUGCUAUUGUUUUUAUAGAUGGAGAUAAAAACUAAAAUCAUCCAAACUACGAACAAAAAAGUGUUAAACAAACCAGAAUAUGUUUUGUAUUUUAGAUUCUUCAAAGUAGCACCUCUUUUUUAGAUGACUUUAGUUUUGAACAUCUCUGCUGCAGGAUUUUCUCAGUCAAGUUUAUGAGGUAGAGUCAGCUGGAAUUCAGGCUUUCAGUUAACAGCUGUGCUGAACUCAUCAAGAGUUAAUUACUUGAAUUUUCUUGUCUCUUAAUAAAGUGUUUGAGAGCAUCAGUUAAAGUAAAGUAGUGAAGAGGUAGAGUUACUUUGCAAAAAGUAAUUAGUUGUAGUUACUAGUUACUCCUCCAAAAAAGUAACUAACGGGGUUACUCCACUAUAAAAGUAAGUAGUUACCAGUUAAAGUAACGAUUGCUUUUCAUGCAUGAAUGAAUAGGAUGCGUUAUGGUGGACGGGGAGAGGAUGCGUCUUUCUUGCGGGUGCGCCGCACUAACGCUCAAAUUUGAUUUCAAGUCACCGGCCACAAAAUAUCGCUCUGUGGGCCGUGAUUUUGAGAUCCCUGAUAAAAGUGCUCACUACAGACUACUGUCGUCCUCUGGGGAUGAGCCUGCGGACCCCUAGAGGUGCUUCGCGGUUGAGAAACCCUGGUUUAUAUCAUCGUCCGCGCAAAGUCAGAAAAAAAGUUAAUUGAGCGUCUAAAGUAACGUGCAGUAGCGGUGUGUCGAAAAUGAUAACGGCGUCAUAGUUUCAGUCAGAGUAAUUAGUUAGAUUACUCCUUACUGAAAAAGUAACGGCGUUAGUAAUGCAGUUUAUUUAAACGUCGUUACUCCCAUCACUGGUUACAGGUAUACAGUGAAUAGCUCUGUUUGAGGAAUGUUCUAAUCCAGAUUAUGAGAAGCAAGAACUACUCAAAUAAGUAAAGAAAAGUAAAAAAUGACUUUAAGAAAUGAAGGUCAGUCAAUAAAAAAGAACAUUUUAAGAAAUUUUGAAAGUAUCCUCAAGUGCAGUCACAAAAAAGACCAUCAGAAAUGUAAUGAUGAUGAAACUGGCUCUCAUCAGGACCGCAACAGAAAAGAAAGAGCAAUAGAUACCUUUGAGUAACCAGCUCCAGUCUUUAGUAUUCAUUUAAGAUGUAGAAUUUUUUUU